AUGUAUGAUGCAACCCGCAAAGUGCUUCAAUACAUUUGUGGUCGUUGUUCAAAUGGUAGAUCUCAAGCUGAUGCUCGUGGUGCUUGCAAAAAGUUGGUGAGUUUUAAGUUCAUAUUUAUCUUGCAUUUGAUGCAUAGAAUAAUGAGAAUCAGUGAUGUUCUUUGUCAAGCCUUUCAAAGAAGAUCUCAAGACAUCUUGACUGCUUUAAGGUUUGUGUCUACUACUAAACAAUUGCUUCAAAAAUUGAGAGAUGACAAUUGGGAAGAAUUUCUUCAAGAAGUAAAAUCCUUUUGCUCAAAGAACAAUAUUACAAUACCCGAUCUAGAAGGUUUGUAUAACACUGGCCGUUCUAGUGAUGAAACUACAAUUGAGCAUUAUUAUCACUAUGAUGUUUUUAAUGAGGCAAUAGAUUUUGUAAUCAUGGAUUUAAAUACAAGAUUUAACGACAUAUUAGUAGAACUCCUUUCUUUCAGUGCAGCUUUGGAUCCUAAAGAUUCAUUUAGAUCAUUUGACAUUCCAAAAAUCUGCACACUUGCAGAGAAAUUUUACCCUCAAGAUUUUUCGAAGGAAGAUAUUAUUACAUUGGAAUAUGAGUUGCCACAUUAUGAGUUAGAUAUGAAGGGUGAGUCUCGAUUUCAAGUAUCUACACUUUCUGAGUUAUUCAAACAGUUGAUUGAGAGUGGAAGGUCAGAGAUUUACAUUAUGAUGAUUAGAUUGAUUCGUCUGGUAUUGACAUUACCCGUUUCUAUCGCAAGUACUGAGCGAGCAUUUUCAGCGAUGAAACAUGUGAAGACAACACUUCGCAACAAAAUGGGGGAUGAUUUUCUUGCUGAUUGUAUGAUACUUUUUAUAGAAAGAGAACUUGUUGAGAAAAUAGAUUUAGAUUCUAUUAUAGAUGAGUAUUAUGUUUCAAAUCCUCGUCGGGAAUGA